UCACACCAGUAAACAAACUAAAGCAACAAAUCCGAUCUUUGCCGGCCAAUGAUAUACUCUUCUUUCACAUGAUCCCAACCCAAAGAGCCAGGCAAGAUGUGUAUCUGUCUAUCAUACACGGCUUCUUAUAUCACAACACCAUCAUGCCUUGGUGUCAGGGGCGGAGCCCUUGGGUCAGGGUGCUCAGUCGACCCCGCUGAAAGUUCAAAUGCAGACCAGGGCAUGUAUCACUCUUGGGCAGCCCUUUUCAAGGUUCUUGUUAAAGUUCAUGACCUUCUUCCUCACAUUGUUCCUCCUACAGAGGAAACAGAGAAGACAGCCUAUGAGGCCACCAAAGCUGCGGACCUGGCUCUUUGGAAAAGGCUGGAGUCGCUGUUUCAGGACAACAAAGCUUCUCGUGCUGCUCAUCUUGAAGAAGAACUCACCGACCUCAAUUUUGAGAAUUUCUCCUCCAUCGAUAGCUAUUGCAAUCAUAUCAAGACAAUUUCUGAACGCCUUGAUGAUGUUGAUGCUACCGUUCCCAACAGCCGUCUAGUUCUCAAACUUACUGGUGGAUUGCCGGAGGCGUACGCCGGCACCGUUGAUUUCAUUCAAAAUCAGGACCCUCUACCUGCUUUUGAAAAAUGCCGUUCUCGCUUGAAGCUGGCCGAACGCACCAUAAAAAACCGCCUAGCAAAGGAGGGCGGCAACCGGUCUCAGGCAGCUCUCGUUUCUUCCGAGGCUCCGCAGGUUAGUCAUUCGGCGGCAUCAUCUGCUGCUCUCAAUCCUUCCAGAACCAAGAAAUCACCUAACAAGUCUACUGCACUUAAGCGAGACAAUGGUAAGGGCCGAAAUAUUAGACCCUCAUUUGGGCCUAAUUGGCAGCAGCAACCUUGGAUGUCUUGGAAUCCUUGGAUUGCCCAGUGGCCCAUGCCCCCUCCUUGCCCCUAUCCCUCCUCGCCUUGGGCUCCUAGACCAGUUGCUACUUCAUCAGACCCACGUUCUGCUGGUCCGGGCAUUCUUGGUCCUCGCCCUCAAGCAUAUAGUGUCAUUGCCCCUUCUGUUAGCUACACUCCUACUGACAUUGAAGCGGCCAUGCAUGCUCUAUCUUUCUCUCAACCGGACGCGAAUUACUAUUUGGACACCGGUGCUACAUCUCACAUGACUGCGGACCCAGACGGGAGCCAAAAUUCUGAGGAGUGACAGUACCGGUACCCUUUAUCCACUUUUCUCCAAUACUAAAGCCAUCCCUCCAGUCAAUCAAUCUGCCUUUACUGCUAUUUCUUCUGAUCUUUGGCAUGCUCGCUUAGGCCAUCCUGGUGAUGCUGUACUUAGAUCUCUUAGUAGUAGUCAUUUUAUUGAUUGUAAUAAGGCUUGUAAAACGUUUUGUUCUUCUUGUCCUCUAGGAAAGCACUCUAAAUUACCAUUUUCUAAUUCUGUGUCGUACACUUUUUUACCUUUUGAUAUUAUUCAUAGUGAUGUUUGGACUUCUCCUAUUGUUAGCACCUCAGGCCAUUCUUAUUAUGUGUUAUUUCUUGAUGAUUACAG